AUGGUGAUGAAGCUGUGGGUUGAGCUUAGAUCAUGGAAAUCAUAUGAAUCUUGUUCUGCUGUUGAACAUAAGAUCAACUCUAUUCAGUUUGUGCAGAGAGUCAAUUCUCUUCCACCUGUAAAGGUUUAUUGUGAUUAUUCUGUGAUCUCUAGUGGGUGUGCACUUGUGUGGAAACACUCAUAUUUUCAAGUUGGAAAUCCAACUGAUGACAUGCGUACUUUCAGUUCAGUGGAUCGUCCAUGUACUGAUCUGUCUGAUGGUUGGUGUAAUGUGGGUAACAAGGAUAAUGUUGCUGGUAAUGUUCAAUUGACAGUUGCUUAUCACGAAGGAGAAGUUGUGUAUGCAUAUCGUGGUGAUCGUACUUCUGAAGUGGGAAAGUCAUGGCGUGGAGCAAUACUCAACAAUCCAGUCAAACUUACAGAUCAUUGCGAUCAAGGAAAUGGGAUUCCUCCAGAGCCAAACAUUGUUGCAGGUGGAAUACUGGGAUUGACAUUUGAUAAAUGGAAGCCUGGCCUAUACAACCAAAACUGUGAAACAGACCAAUACAAGAGUAAGAGAGACUGUCGCUGGGAGAAUUGUUACUUACCUUCAUCUAUCUCAUCUAAGAAAGAGCAUGUGCAAAUGACAGUUGCCGUAUUUCUUUGUUGACUUUGCACACAGCACAGUGCAUGUUGAUCUUGUUUGCAUUGUAUGAAAUGUAACAUCUAGUACCGUGAAACUUGGGCUUUCUUGUCAGUACUUCACAGCAU